CCAACACGGUGAAUCAUUUAUACAUUUUUUUCGAAUUAUGGAAUAGUUAAUGUUACGUGGGUAGAUUGUGUGCGUAUUUAGGUAAAGAUACCAACAUAUAGGACUUUUAUCAUAUGGAGUAUUAGCCGUUCUAUAUCAAACACAAGAGUUUCCGAAAAGAAAGCUUCAAAUUCGUUCAGCGACAAUGUUUGUUCACGGAUCUUCGAUCAUCUUCAUUGUGUUAUGUUUUGGGCCACUCCUGAUAUCGACGCAGACAGUUCUUCGAAUGAUACCUGCGGUAUUGGGAAGCUCUGUGACUCUAGAUUGUACUGUGUCCCCGUCUCCCAACUCAUUCAUGAUCUGGGAGAAAACAAACCCCACAAAGACGUUCAUCGCCAUUAACGAUAAGUUACAGACAGGGUUCCAGAACUCCCCUAAAGUAUCAAUUCACGUACGUGCCGAUAAUUCGACGUCACUUGAGCUAAAGUCGAUGGGCCUGGCGGAGGAUGGCGAAUACAGGUGUUAUGACGUCAUCGAUAUGCUGUCGGUUGAUAGAUUUGAUGUAACCAUUCUUGUACGCCCUUUCGAUAUUGGAGUGUCUUCAUUGAUUGGUCAGAUCGACGAGGGCACCCAACAAACGAUCACGUGUACAGCUGAUGGCGGGAAGCCCUCCCCGAGCAUUGAAUGGUACCUCCUAGGACCUGAUGUCAACAGAACAAAGUUAAUUGGCAAUGAAGAUGCCAAGCAGUAUCCGAACGGAACCUGGUAUAAAAGAAGUAGCCUAACGUUCACGGUAACGAGACAGAUGUAUCGCGGCGCUCUGUUCUGUUUAGUAAACACAGGCCCAAUCCCUUUCUACAAUGAAAGCUUCCAGACUCAACUUGAUGUCAAUCUUUCACCUAUAGUUCCUACUAUCGGAUAUUUCACGGGUUUGUUUAAUAAUGGCGAGACGAAAACCAUUACAUGUACUUCGGCGGGAAGCAGACCAGCAGCCACCAUUAACUGGUAUAUAGAUAACACUAAGUUGAGUAACACUAUUCAUGAAGUCCUGCCGAGGUCUGACGGAACAUUUUUCGUUACCGGAAUAAUAUCGGUGACUUUUGACAAGAGCAUGAGUGGAAGACACAUGAGGUGUGCUGCCUCAAACUCUGUGGUACAAAACAAUGGCGUCGGCGAAGUAAACAGAUCCAUUACACUUUUGGUUACAUAUUCUCCUGAAAUCACCUCAGAGAACGGAACAAGGGAGGUCACAGAGGAUUCUGACAUUGUCCUCACCUGUCUUGUCGAUGCUAGGCCAAUGCCUAUACCACAAAACAUAUUCUGGCGUCAUAAUAACAAAAUGAUAUCUACCGGAACCGGAAGUAGAUUUAAUUAUACUGCAAGUAGAGUAGCAGACCUUCACAUCUCGUCAGUGAAAAGAGAGGAUGCCGGGGAUUACAUGUGUCAGGCUCUGAACACUAUUGGUGUAGGGACAGGGCAGAAAGUCCACAUCGACGUGUCCUAUCGUCCGUUUUGCACACAAGGUGGCGUUGUGAAGCAUGCUGUUAAACUAGGGGGCUCUGUAACGGUCACGUGUACAGUUGAUGGGAACCCUGGGAAUUCAACUAUCAAAUGGCGUUACAAGGGGACGGGUAUUACAAUAAAUCCUAGAGGUUCGGCUCGAUCGGUGUACGGGAGACCGAGAGAAAUCACUUCGACGGCAGUUAUUUCAGUCAUGAAUGAUUGGCAGUACACAGACGUUGAAUGUUUGGGAACAAACGCCAUCGGUGUAUCUAGGUCUCCAUGUCUUUACCGUAUAGUGAGGCCAGGUCCACCGGAAGUGCCUACAAACUGUUCAUGGUCCUCACUAAAUGAAGCUGAAAUCCAGGUACAAUGUAAUCCAGGGUUUGACGGCGGAUCCGGUCAAUUUUUUGUCCUCCAACAAUCAGAGAGCGGUAGUCAGUAUGAUACUAUUCUCAACGACACCACGGCCAUGUUUUUGGCAUCGAACCUAAAGUCUGGGACGCGCUACUCCUUUAAAAUAUGUGCAACAUCAGAUUUGUAUCCAGAACUUCUCAGCUGCUCAUCUGAAAUUGCAGCCCAGACGUCUACAGGGAGUAAUGGCCAACAGGCUUUGGCGUCCGCCGGAAGUCCUAACAGCGCCCCCUAUAUUGCAGCAGGCGUGAUGGGAGCUGUUGUCCUUUUUAUCUUAAUUGGAAUUAUCAUCUUCUUUAUACGGAAAAGGAGACAGCCGGAAAAGGAGAGGGAGGAAUCUUGUUGGAACCAAAACAAUCUUCCGGACACCAGCCAACCAAAACAAGGAGGAGCUAGGCUUGAGACCGGUACAUCAAACGGAAGUGGCAUAAUAAAAAACACCAACACCUUCCAAAACUCUCACGAGGAAAAUUCAAACAACCAAUUCAUACUGGCGGAUAAUAAAGAAUCUUUUGUUAUGCAUAUAAAUCCAAAUGAUACAAAGAACUUCGACCUUGAUGACGAUCAUUCGGUCUCCGAUAAAAUGCAGGCAUACCAAGUUCCAGUCCAACAAACACAAGGAUACAUACAUGUGGAGGAUAUUUCUCCCAUGCAGACGAAACGUGUGGAUGAUUUCGGCGUUAACGACUUCCAGAAUUGGUUAAAUGGGACGCCUUUAAACUUCGGUAGAAGUUCAAGACACAAUCUCUGUUACAGUGAAGCAGAUAUACCAAUGGCGACAACCAAACCUAGAUCUACAUCACAUAUUGACGACAAGAAGUCUGUAUCUUUAGAAGUCAUUCCAAACACAAAUGAUUCUAAAUUAAACAAUACAGGACUGGCUUUUCAAGCAAAACCUUCAUCCCACUUCAUUACCAUGGAUAACUGCGAGGAACAAACUGAAAGUUCGGGAUCUUCAACAGGUUCGAUAAACUCUAAACAAGACAGACCCGCCAUCAUAACAACAGAUACUAUUCGCCGAGACUCUCAUACUGAAGACAGUUCUCGAUCCUCAGAUAGCAAAAACUCCCUAGUUAAGAGGUCAAGUUACAAACUGGCCAUUCAUAAUAAUGACGAUUUCGGUUUACAAGACUUUUUCUCGGCAUCUGUUGAGGCAUUGGCCGCUCUUGAUGCCACGCUAGCAGACGAUACCUCACUUGGCCGUGGUCAAAAGAGUGAUUCAUCCGAGUCCUUUAAGAGUAGUAGUGACAAUGUGGAUGAUCAGGACAGAAGCAGGGAUCAAAGAGAACUCCCUGAGGACACAUUAAACACAACAACAGAACAAAAGUGGUAUCCGAUUAUACAUGGGGGUAUCGAGGCUGAAAUAUCUGGUGAACAAGACUACGUAGAGAUGUCUUUGUUAUCUGGAAAUCAGGACCAGAAGGAGACACUUGCAAUUGCUGCCAAUCAGGUGUGCGUGGAUGCAAUUUCAAUGCCUGAAACAUACGGUGAGACGCCUACAUUUCCUGACAAACAAGACCAUGUUGAGACGGCUACACUACCUGAAACAUAUGACCAGGUUUCAUCAUCCAUAUUAUCUGAUAAACACGAUAGCCAUCCCAAGAUUUCGGAGUUACCUAGCAAGUAUGGUGAGACUGUGUCAACUGAAGCAACUUUGUCAACGGAUUAUAUUGAUAUGUCAGCUAUACCUUGUAAAGAGGAUAACAGAGAUACAAAUGCAUUGUAUGGAAAACAGGGAGGGGUUGAUUCGCCAACCAAAAGUGGUCCUGUUGAGAAGAUCAGGCUGCUUUGUAAGCGUGUUAAAGUUCGAACUCCUACUCCAUCUGUUCAUGAUGGCGAUAAAGACACCUCCUCAAGUUCUGAAUCUUCAUCCAGCUCAUCUAGUGAAUCUGAUUCAGAGGAAUUCACCACCCCGAAGGAAUCGAGAGAUCUAGAGAACGUUUUUUGUGCCUCUUCGAGUCAAAAUUCAGCUGAACAGGGCACAGCAAACGAAAUACCUUUUAUAGAUAGUGGCAGUGAUUCAGACGUAAAGUCGGCAGAAAAGGAUAGCACAUCUGCUGUAUAUUUUUGACAAAAUAAAUAGAAAAAUAAAUAAACGGAUGGUUAAAAGUAGUUUAGUAAAAUCUAUAUUUACCGUUUCAAAUGAAACCAACCGGGUUGAAUAUAAUAUGUUACUAAAUGAGUAAAAGACAGAGAAAAUAGUAUUUUUGUUAUCAAUUGUUGUAUUUUGACCGUAAAAGCUAGUGUGAGCGUUGGUUUGAUUUCAGAUUACUUGAAGUAUACAAGAAUAUCAUCGAAAACAUAUAUAGUAGAUACAUGUAAUUGCAUAGCUUAGUUUCUUAACUGUGUCUAGUUAAUUAACUCGCGUCUUCUUUGCAUUUUUCGGGGAAAAGUGUACGAAUAUGUACUUAAUACUAACUACUAGUAUAUAGAUAAUGUCACAUGCCUCCCCAUAAAUGUUUAAAUGUGUAUAGCCUAUGAUCUUAGCUUGGUUGUAAAUCAUAAGAAUUAUAGCAAAUACGACUGACAAGUUUGUU